AUGGCUAGCCCUGUCCCGUCUCCCAAGUUCAUCCUCCGUGGGCACAAGGCCGCCGUCCAUGCAGCCACAUUCAUCAGGCAGAAUGAGCGGCUUGUGACGGGAGAUUCCGAAGGCUUCGUGGUGCUAUGGGAUCUUACCGUUAUGAGACCUCGGGCUGUUUGGCGCGCACAUGAGAAUGCAAUACUGGGAGUACGAGGGUGGGGAGAAGACAAGCUUAUCACACAUGGUCGAGAUCAUAAACUUAUUGUUUGGAAGAUUGCGAGAGAAGAUGAGAGUGGCUUAAGCACAGUCCUGCCGUUGGAUGGUGUGGAUGUCGAAAGACGUCGUCCCUGGGUGGUUCAUCUACUGGAAGUAAAUACGAUGAACUUUUGCUCAUUCGCAGCUUGUCCGUUAGAAGAUUCUCAAUACUCGCCGUUUCUUGGAACAUCUCCCGAAAUUCUGGUAGCUGUUCCAAACACUCUCGCAUCAGAAUCUGUUGAUAUAUAUACAUUGCCAUCACAAACGCGUGCCUACACAGUCCAACCGGGACCAAAAAAUGGCAUGGCAAUGAGCCUGUCCCUGGCUCACCUUGAGAAACGCCUGACGUUGGUUGCUGCUUUUGAAAAUGGAUAUGCGUCUGUUCACCGAUUGACUCCUGAGGGGAGUUGGAUCACGACAUACAGGACACAGGCACAUUCGCAACCCAUUCUAUCCCUAGACCUCCGGCCAGACUUGAAAUGCUUCUUUACAUCGGGGGCAGAUGCCAUUGUUGCCAAACACCCGAUCCCGACGGCCCCGCAAGAGGUGGCCAAGCCAUUCAAUCCUUCUGAGCGAGUUAUAGAAGAAAUCGACGAGGACCCCAAACAAAAUAUUUCUCUUCUUUCAAGUACCUCAAAACCAGAAUAUGCAAAGGGGAAAGACCACGAUGCUGUAUUGGAAGAGUGGAAACAUCCGAGAAAAGUAACCAAUACGAAACAUUCGGGGCAACAGAGUCUCGAGGUCCGAUCUGACGGAGCAAUCUUCGCAACUGCUGGGUGGGACUCCAAGAUUCGACUAUACUCCUGCAAGAGCCUCAAAGAACUGGCUGUUCUGAAGUGGCACAAGGACGGUGCUUACGCCGUCACUUUCUCGGAUGUGGGACCAGAGACUUCGCAAACUGUCGACACGGACAGAGAGGCACAAGUCGGUUGCGAGGUGCAGCAAGCUGAUGACGCUAUUGAUGUGAGUCGACUGUCUGUUCAAGAUAGACGAAUUCACCGCGUCAAGGCAGCUCAUUGGGUUGCGGCUGGGGCCAAGGAUGGCAAAGUGAGUCUCUGGGACAUGUACUGA